AUGUCGACUCGGUCAGGCUCGGUAACUUCGGGCCGCUCAAAUGGCAAGUAUCGGACGCGCUCCAAGACCUCUGAGGUUGACGAGCUGCUCUUUGGCGGACCCAACGGUGGUCGACAGCCACGAUCGGCUAACAGGAAGCCCGAAGUUCUCCAGGUGAUCACCAAAGAUCUUAUCCGCAAUGUGAUUGUGCCUCAGCCGAAGUCCGACCGAUCCAUUUUGCUGGAGAAGUCAAUGGCUCAGCAUAUCGAGGAAAAGUCCUUUGUGAAGUCUAAGGAGACGAUCAGGGCCGAAAUGGACUUGGCGCGGAAAGAAAAGAACGAUGCGAUAACCGCUGCCGCCCAGAGAAAAGAACGAUUCAAGGAGAUCGACAUUCAUCGUAAAAUGAGCCAGGCGUUGAAUGAGAUCGACCUUGAAGCCAAACGAAUCAACGAGCAUUUGCUUGAAAAUGCUAAGGCUAAGCGACUCGAGCAAGAGGACGAAAUCAAGCAUCUCAACGAGCUCAUCCUCAAUGCCAAGUGCCACGCUAUUCGCGAUGCGCAAAUCUUGGAACGGGACCUUAUCCAAAAGGAGGAGAUGGAAGAUGAGGCUCGUUGUGAUCGAAUUUCUGAAGUUCACCGCUUGAACUGCAUCCAGGACGCGGAGCAGAAAAAAGCGCUUAUGACGGCGAAAAGAAUAGAAGGCGCUCAGCAGAUCAUGGACCAGAUUAGGAGAAAUGAGGAAGCUCGCAUUUUGGAAGAGGAGCGCAAAAACGCUGAACAAGCUGCUCUGAACCGAUAUAUCGCCAAGUUGAAACAAGAAGACUUGGACAAGUUGCGCGAGAAGCGAGAGUACCAGGCUGGUAUUCAGAAGGAUAUCGACGUCCUCAAUCAACAGACACAAAUUGUCAAAGAACGCAAGAUCCAGGAGGAGAAAGAACUCGAAAAGAAGAUUAAUGCGUUCGUUGAACACCGUGAAGCGCGCGAGGCUGCUUUCAAGGCUGAGCAAGAGUACAUAAGGAAACUAAAGGAGGAGAAAGCGAUGCGACUCCUUCGACUUCAGGAGAGUCAGAACGACCACAAGGCGGAGCAAGACGCCAUUCGUGCCAAACACGAGCGAGAAGCCGCCGAUCGAGAAUGGCGAGCCAAGGAGCUCGAGAAGAAGAGGAAGAACGAGGAGACUUUAGAUAUGCUGAAGCAAGCUCGACUGAAGCAGAUUGAAACUCGUGAACACUACCAAGCUGUUCAGGCGCAGCGUGAGCGCGACGAAUUCCAGCGAAUUCUCCACAAUCAAACUCUUAAGGCUAAAGCCGAGAAGGAGGAAGAUCAGGCUCGACAUGAGAACAACCUGAAACACGCCGAGGAUAUCCGCAAGCAGAUCCGCGACCGGGAGCAGGAACGACUUCAGAAACGUCGGGAGUACUUUGAGGAGGCCAACCGCAAAAUGGCGGCCGAGAUCGAGCACCGCAACAAGCUGCGCGAGCUCAAGGUGAAGAAACUUGAGGACCUUCGCCGCGCUGGCGUGCCCGACAAAUACACCGCAGAGGUAGCCCGACGCGUCCUCGACGACUCGCAGAAGCCGCUUCAGCCGCUCCACGUCAAGAAAUAA